GGCAACGCAACCGUGUUACGGUCAGCCAGUAGCGUCUAUAGUCUAGUGUCAUUUACCGUUCAGACAUCGUGUCAGUGACACGUGUUGUACAAAGCAUGGCGUUAGAUAGUCAUGCUGCCGUACUCACGGAUGCUGAUCGUUCGCAUCAAACGACUUCGGAUAAUCGUGAUGAAAGAUCGACACCAGGUGGAUGGACUGUUACCUUAGUCCUAGCAGGUGUUACAUGUUGUCUAGGUUCAGCUGUACCAGCAGGAUUCAACAUAGGCGUAUUAAACAAUGCAGCCCACUUGGUAGAAUCAUUUUGUAACGAAAGUAUUAAGGAAAGAUAUGACGUGGAUGUUUCUCAAAAUAAUCUAAAAAUAAUCUGGUCAACCGUUGUUUCAAUUUUUCUUAUUGGUGGUGCAAUUGGUUCAUUUCUUGGUAGUUGGGUAGCAGACAGAUAUGGAAGGAAAAGAGCACUGUGUAUUGGAAACGUAUUUGGCAUUGCAGGAGCUGUGAUGUUUUUUUUAAUAAAAAAGUUAAACUCAAUUGAACUUUUAUUAGCAGGUCGAUUAUUUGUAGGUUUUUCUGCAGGUUUUGCAACGUGUGUUGUACCAACGUACAUGGCAGAAAUUGCCCCCCUUAGGUUGAGAGGUGCUGUUGGAGUUUUAUGUCAGCUAGGGAUUACAUGUGGUGUAUUUUUAGGCCAAAUUGCAGGACUCCAUUCGGUUUUAGGAACUGAAAAUUCUUGGCAUUACAUGUUGGGAGCGUUUGUUCCAUUAUGUUUAUAUGCUUUAGCUCUUACAAGUAUUGCUUUACCAGAGAGUCCUAAAUAUUUAUUUAUAAUUAAAGAACAAAAACAAAGGGCUUUAGAUGAACUUAGUAGGAUACGUAAUAUGGAUAUAAUGCUUUUGCAAGUAGAAAUUGCUAAUCUACAGCAGGAAAUGGAAUCGAAGACAACAGCUGAACCUUGGACAAUUAAACGUAUACUGAAAGAUCCAAGUUUAAAGCUUCCUGUAUUUUUAGUUUGUAUGAUACAGUUUGGACAACAGAUGAGUGGUAUAAACGUUGUAUUUUAUUAUUCUAACUCGAUCUUUCUGGAUGCUGGACUUGGCAUCGCAGGAGCACAGUAUGCUACUCUUGGAACUGGAGUAGCUAACAUUGCCAUGGCAUUGAUUUCUGUACCAGUGAUGUCAUCUUUAAACAGAAGAAGCGUUCUACUCGCCAGUAUUUAUUUAUGCUUUGGAUGCCUCUUACUUUUAUGCAUUUCAAUUUUGUUAAGUCAUGUAGGAUCAUAUAUGCCGUUUAUUUGUACGAUAGCCGUAUUGGCUUAUGUGAUAUUUUAUGGUAUUGGUCUUGGUCCAAUACCAUACUUCAUCGCAUCAGAAUUAUUUGAUGUUGGCCCCGGACCAAUUGCUAUGGCACUCGGUAGUAUCUUUAAUUGGGGUGGAAAUUUCAUGGUGGGCAUGAUGUUCCCAACGGUAGAAAGUAUUAUAGGACCGUACACCUUUUUAAUAUUUGCUGGGGCUCUAUUACUCCUUGCACAAAUGAUUAGGAUAUAUUUACCUGAGACCAGGGGAAGAAAUACGACGGACGUAGCGGCAUCGAUAAAUCAAGGCUUCAGAUCUAGACCAAAUUCAAUACCAAAUUCUAUGGCAAAUGCUAUUCUUGCCGCUUAGAAGAAACAAGUGAUAUAUUAAAAAUUUUUUGAUACUUAGGUUUUACUAUCGGAAUAUUUUCGGAUCUCAGAAGGACUAAUUUUAAGGAAUAUAUAUAAACAUAUUGCAAAAAUUGAAAUUAAAAUUUAAUAUAAUCAAAAGUGCACUUAAUUCGUAAAUAUAAUGGACUAGCAAUCUUGUGUCCUUAAAUUUGUCAUUGUUAAAUUAAAAAGCACGUCACUGCCCGUGUAAGAAAUUAAUUUAUUCUUUUUUGCUAUAUCAUACUUUAUGCAAUACUUUUAAAAUUACAACAUUUUUCUUACUAGUAUAAUAUACAAUACGCAUGUAACGAAAUUUAAAAUUAAGGUUUAUAAAUGUUGAUUUCAAAAUUUGUUAUACAA